AUGACAUCGCUGCCGUCCCCGCUGUCGGCCUGCCCCGACCCCAAAGUCGCAGACCUGGUCCUGGCGGUCAGGGCCUGCCCAGAGAGCGCCGGGGCGUGGUGGGCCCUCCUGGCCUGCCUGGAGGCCCGGCCCCUGCCCGGCCUGGACCUGCUGCAGGUCUACACGCAAGCCACCCAUGCCGUGCCCCGCCAGGGGAACCAAGGCUCCGACGCCUACGUUCGUCUCUGGCUGGGCUUUGCCCGCCAGCAGUGGCACCGGGAUUGCGACGACGCGCGCGACACGCUGAAGACGCUGCGCCGUCAGGCGAUCGGGAGCAGCUCCCCCCUGCUCUUCCUGGAGUGGGCGGCGCUGGAGUGGGAUUCCGGCGCGCGGGACCGGGCCUCCGCCGUCCUGGCUAAGGGCCUGCGGGACGGCGCCCAACCGCCGGCCGCGCUGGAGGCGGCCCUGGCCGACGUGGCGGCUGGGGUCUGGAGCCCGGUGCCCCUCUGGCAGCAGUCCGCCGCGUCGGCGGGGCCGCACACGGCCGCGCUGACCUGCACCGCCAGCACCUACGAGGCCUUCGUGACCCCAGGCGCCGAGGCGGAGAGACCCGCGCGGGCCAGCCACACACACACACUGGAGGCCCUCGUGCCCUCAGGACUCCCGCCGGACUCUGGCGCCCCUGGCCGGCCCCUCCCCGGCUCCAGUCUGGUGGACCGUGGGGCAGCAUGCGCGGGCGUCGAGGCGGCCCGGGGUCCCGCGCUGCUUGCCCGCCUCUGCGCCGGCGCGCCUGGCUCGGCGACCGGCCCUGGCGGUCUCGGCCAGGGCGCCGGGGCGCCGGGCACCGCGCUGAGCCGCGGCAGCGCCUCCUCCUCCUCCUCCAGGGGCUCCGAGGAGGCCACGGUGUGCAUGGGCGGGCGGCAGUCCGGCCCCGGCCUCAGCCGCCUCGGCGGGGCGGCCAACGAGGACACCAUCGUCGUGCGGCGCUGCCUUGCGCGCCGCACGCCGCAGUCCGCCACGCUGCCCCUGCAGCGGCCGGGAUUCCUCACAGAAGGCCCGCAUGUGGAGCCCGCAGAGCCCGCAGCGGCGACGCCAUCGGCAGCGGGGAUGGCAGGCGCGAAGCGCAACCUGCUCAGGCCGCGACGCAUGGGUGUGCUGGGGAGGGCGCUGCGCGUGGCUCCUGGUUCAGACUCGGCGAACGAGCCCGCGGCGGGGGACGCAGCGGCGGCAGGGAAGGAGACUGGGACCAAGGUCGGCGAGGCACACACAGACAUUCGGUCGGCAGGCGAGGCGACGGACCUGAAGCGCAAGGCGGCGGCGCCAGGCGCAGGAGGGGAGGCGGCGUGCAAGCGUGCCACGGGCCCCCCGCCCAGCCCCGGCGACGCGCCUGGCGGCAGCCGCGGGCCCGCACUCGAGGCGAGGGGGCGAGCAGACGCAGGGCCCGGCGCCGGGCCCCCUCUCCGCACGCUCGCAGGCCCCAGGCCGGGCCAGCUGGUGCUGGACGCGGGCGACCUGCCGGCGGACGGGCCCGGCGGCGGGUCGAUGGUGCGGCGCCAGCCGCCGGCGGUGGACGAGGAAGAGACCGCGCCCGUGCUCCUCAGCAAGCUGGCGGCGCGGGUGCGGGGUGGGCGGCAGAGCCUGGCACCGGCCAAGAUGCACAGGGUGGUGCUGGAGGCUGGCGAGCAGACGCCGGGGUCGGGGGGCGAGGAGGCGGAGGAGGCCACGCUGCCGCUGCAGCCUGGCGCGGCACGGCGCGGCCAGUGCUUCCCUCCGGCACGCAGGGACCGGAACAAUGCCAGCCUGGUCUCCUCUGGUAGGAGGGUGGUGGAGGACGACAAUACCGUGGUGGUCAAGGGCAUCAGCUACACCAAGCUGGAGUGUGUGGGACGCGGGGGGAGCAGCAAGGUCUACAAGGUGAUGGCCCCGAACCGCAAGAUAUUCGCCCUGAAGCGCAUCAGGCUCACCGGCCGCGACUCCGAGGCGGCGGCCGGCUUCAUCGACGAGAUCACGCUGCUCAACUCCCUGCGUGGCAAGUCCAACAUCAUCCAGCUCAUCGAUGCAGAGGUGUACCGGGCCGAGGGCAUAAUCUUCAUGGUGCUGGAGUGCGGGGAGAUCGACCUCGCCCGCCUGCUGCAGAAGCGCGAGGCGGCGCGGAAGGAACACGACGGCGGCGCUGCAUCGCUCGACGAGAAUUUCAUCCGGCUGUACUGGGAGCAGAUGUUGCGAGCUGUGCACACGAUCCAUGAGGUCCGCAUAGUGCACUCCGACAUCAAGCCUGCCAACUUCCUGGUGGUGGAGGGCCAGCUGAAGCUCAUCGACUUUGGCAUCGCAAAGGCCAUCCAGUCCGACACGACGUCCAUCGCUCGUGAGAGCCAGGUCGGGACGCUGAACUACAUGAGCCCGGAAGCCAUCCUGGGCGGGCAGAACAACAUCAAGGGUGGCCCGCCCAUGAAGGUGGGCUGGGUGGAGCGCAGGGUCGGUCGCGCCUCCGACAUCUGGAGCCUGGGCUGCAUCCUGUAUCAGAUGGUAUACGGCGCCACCCCCUUCAGCCACCUGCCCUUCAUCCAGAAGAUGCACGCCAUCAUCGACCCGAGUCACGCCAUCGCCUUUCCGCCCCUGCCCAACCCCGCGCUGGCAGAGGUGCUGCGGCGCUGCCUGGACCGCGAGCCCAAGACCCGCGUCGGUCGCGCCUCCGACAUCUGGAGCCUGGGCUGCAUCCUGUAUCAGAUGGUGUACGGCGCCACCCCCUUCAGCCACCUGCCCUUCAUCCAGAAGAUGCACGCCAUCAUCGACCCGAGCCACGCCAUCGCCUUCCCGCCCCUGCCCAACCCCGCGCUGGCAGAGGCUGUGCACACGAUCCAUGAGGUCCGCAUAGUGCACUCCGACAUCAAGCCUGCCAACUUCCUGGUGGUGGAGGGCCAGCUGAAGCUCAUCGACUUUGGCAUCGCAAAGGCCAUCCAGUCCGACACGACGUCCAUCGCUCGUGAGAGCCAGGUCGGGACGCUGAACUACAUGAGCCCGGAAGCCAUCCUGGGCGGGCAAAACAACAUCAAGGGUGGCCCGCCCAUGAAGGUGGGCUGGGUGGAGCGCAGGGUCGGUCGCGCCUCCGACAUCUGGAGCCUGGGCUGCAUCCUGUAUCAGAUGGUGUACGGCGCCACCCCCUUCAGCCACCUGCCCUUCAUCCAGAAGAUGCACGCCAUCAUCGACCCGAGUCACGCCAUCGCCUUUCCGCCCCUGCCCAACCCCGCGCUGGCAGAGGUGUUCAGCCAGCUCAGCGCGGGGCUGUCCCCGCAGCUGCCCAGCACACGCAGCGUGGGCAGAGCGGCGCGGGGCGGCGGGUCGGAGGCAGGCGAUGGGGCCCGGAGGGGGGUGAUGACAGGCGCGGGGCCCAGUCGGCUUGCAGGCGGGGGGGCUGGGACGCCGGACCCCGGUCCUGGGGCCGCGGUCUCGCCAUCGACUGAUGCCCCAGGCUCGUCUGCCCCGGGGCCGCAAGGCAGUGGAGUGGCCGCCCAGGCGGCGAGGGCGGCCGCCUCGCGGGCGGCGGCGCGCGCCGUCGCGCUCGCCGCGCUGGAAAGCGGGGCGUCCGACGGCGCAACAUCAAAGACCACCGCCCCGCGCGCCCCGCUGCACCCCAUCUCGCAGACGGCGCUGGCGACGCAAGCGGCUGCGCUACGCCGUGUCAACCCUCAGGCGGCCAAGCCCCGCGCCGCGGAGCCGGCGGCGGGGUCGCUGGAGGACAAGCUGCGGCGCGGCUUGCAGCGCUUCAAUUUCGAGGGCGUGGCCGACGCUGCGCAGGGUACCUCCGGCAGCCCCUGA